ACUAAGGAUACAAAAACGAGCGUAAGCUUGACAACAAAAAUACUCACUAUGACUAAUGCAAAAAUGAGGUGAGAAAAUAUAUUGCGCAAUUUUAGAGCUCGUCUAGAAAAACCACUCGUAGGCAUGUGCAAGGAGAGGAAUAAUCAGACAGACCUUGACAUCUUGACAGUCGUUAAUAAAUACAUGGCAAUUGAUUAGAACAUUGGCAGCAGGUGUGCCUACUGAAGUGAGGCUUUCGACUGCCACCUGCUGGAGACACAAGAACGAUAAAUGAGUACUUCCAACAUGAUGACGAGCAUGCGUUACUGGAUUCACCUCACAUUGGUUGUCGCCAUCGAGGCCGUGGCUCUGAUGCCAGACGAUGCUGAUCUUCCCACCAAACCGAGCGUGUAUUGCUGGUGUGCGAGUUAUCCCAACGUCACCUCCUGCUCCUGGGCAGAACCCCCAGGCUCCCAGCCUCUGGACUACAUCGUCUCUUACAGUGAGAGACGCCAGCCAUCAACUAGCAAGCCUUGUCGUCUCAUUCCUCCCACCUCCUCCUUUUUAUCCGAUCCUGGGCAAUCGGCCCCCGUCAGGGACUUGCCCCCCCUCCCGGGUCCAUCAUCAUCAUCAUCAUCAUCGUCCUCUUCUUCCUCCGAGCAGUUGUGGCACUGCCACUUGCCCGACCUGAAGCUGCUGACCGAUUAUGUUAUCAAUGUGACCACUGUGUCUUCUUCUGGAAGCAGCAGGGUUCAUCUCAGCAGCUUCAUGCUGGAGGACGUUGUGAAACCUGACCCCCCUGUGGAUGUCAAGGUGUCGCCCCACCACGACAGGAAUGUGUUGCUGGAGUGGUCACCUCCCCCGACGUGGAUUUACCUGGACAUGGCACCGCUUAAGUACCAGAUCACGUACCAGUGGGACCACAAGGGCCAAGCCAAAUCUGUCAGUCUUGGUCCGUUGGAGAGCACCAGCGUGGAGCUGAAGGGUCUGAGCUCAGGAAGAGAGUACGUGUUUCAGGUGUGCGCAAUGGACCUGCUGGGUCUGGGCCAGUACAGUCACUGGAGCUCGCCCGUCAUCAUCACUUUACCCACAAUUUAAACGCCAUAAAAUCAGGUUGUUGAGUUGAUGUCAGGAUUUGUUGAAUGUUUUUGCUAAUCACUGUAAAACAUAUACUUUUUGUUGGGAGGUCUCAACACCCUUUGAUUAAUCAAUAUGGUACUAAUAUUAGCACUUUUUUGAAGAAAACAAACAAUAAAUUACUGCAUGUACUGUUA